AUGGCCAACCGAACGGAUGUCAGCGCCAUCAAAAUCUUUGGCUCCAAUCCGCAGUACUUAAUAUCGAAUAUUAUACGGAGCAAAAUAUAUGAGAGCCCCUAUUGGAAGGAGAAGUGCUUUGCCCUCACAUGUACGUUUGAAUUGCCCGAAUCGAUUAUCGACCAGGCGGUGAACCUAAAGUACGUCGGAGGAACCUACGGGGGAAACAGGAAACCAACUCGGUUCCUCUGCUUAGUGCUGAAGUUGCUACAAAUCCAACCUGACAAAGAUAUAAUAUACGAGUAUAUAAAAAAUGAAGAAUUCAUUUAUUUAAGAGCUCUGGGUAUUUUCUACCUUAGACUGAUUGGAAAGAGCCUAGAAAUAUAUCAGUACUUAGAACCCAUUUUAUUUGACUACAGGAAAAUGAGAAUCAGGUUGCAGAAUGGCACCUUCGAGAAGAUUUACAUGGAUGUGUUUGUAGACAACUGUUUAGUUAUGAGUAACUUUUUGGACGUUGAUUUUCCAAGUCUUACGAAGAGACAAGUAUUGGAAGAUAAUAAUUUGCUAGAGAAGGUUAAUUUGGACUACUAUAAGGAGUUGCUAAAUAUUUCCUCGAGCAAUGAACUGUUUGACAAUAAAGUGGAGGAAAGGGAGGAUGAUCCCCUCGGUGGGGACCUUGACAAGAGGGAGAAAAGACACGGGGGAGAUAACACCCCCAGUAGUGGCUACGGAUCAGGGGGAAGUGGCCAUGUAGAGAAGAGCAAAAGGAAAGAGAGAAAUGCAUACUGGGAGAAAGGUAGGCACAAGCACAGACGCAGGGACAAUCGCAGGGACAGUCACGAUCGAGAUACGGAUAGUGACCGGAGCCGUCAUCGAAGCUACUCCCGCGAGCGCCAUAGGGAGAGAACAAAACGGAGAGAAAACAAACUAACUGAACACAGGAGACACAAAAAAAGAACCUCUGCAGAAGGGCGAAGAAGCUACUCCACCAGUGAAUCGCCCGAGACGCGCAGGAAGGAGAAGAAGAGGCGAUACGACCGUGAAGACUCGGAUGAAGGGAAGAGAAAAAAAAAGGAAAGAAAGAAGAAAAAGAAAAAGCAGGAAAAAGAAAGGAAGAAAAAAGACCAUUCUGAUGUCGAGGAAAAUAAAAAGGAUGAUGCAUUGUCUGUAGAACGAUGGAACAAAAUCAGGAAAGACUUAGGCCUGAAUCCGCUCAAGUGA